GGGAGCGGUGCCGGAAGGACUUGGGGAGGGCCGCGCAGUCGGACCGGCUGCUGAGAGGAACGCUUCACGGGGGCAGUCUCCGCAUAUCAUGGGGAGCUAGAACGCUGCUGCCUUAGGGACAAGAAGAUAAUGCUUCCUUGAUUCCCGUUUGCCUGAAUCCUGUUGGUGAAGACGUGCCAGGCCAGGCACCUGAAGUGGUUCUGUGUCAAAGGAGAUGCCUGAUGCUAGCUGUUCAUUUACAGUUGCUUGGCCUUGGUCCUCAUAGCUCCAAAAAGAAACAAGACCUCGAUAAGCUCUAUGAGCUGAAGUCCAAAGCUCGGCAGAUUAUGAACCAGUUUGGCCCCUCAGCCCUAAUCAACCUCUCCAAUUUCUCCUCCAUAAAACCGGAGCCAGCCAGCACCCCUCCACAGGGCUCCAUGGCCAAUAGCACCACAGUGGUAAAGAUUCCAGGCACCCCUGGGUCAGGAGGUCGUCUCAGCCCUGAGAACAAUCAGGUAUUGACGAAGAAGAAAUUACAAGACUUAGUAAGAGAAGUGGAUCCUAAUGAGCAGUUGGAUGAAGAUGUGGAAGAGAUGCUGCUGCAGAUUGCUGAUGAUUUUAUUGAAAGUGUGGUGACAGCAGCCUGCCAGCUUGCUCGACAUCGCAAGUCCAGUACCCUGGAAGUGAAAGAUGUCCAACUUCAUCUAGAACGCCAGUGGAACAUGUGGAUCCCAGGGUUUGGCUCCGAGGAAAUCCGACCCUACAAGAAAGCCUGCACCACAGAAGCCCACAAGCAGAGAAUGGCACUUAUCCGGAAAACAACGAAGAAAUAACACGGAGGGUCAGGGCAUGGACACCGUUCACGUGUAUUUGCAGAUACUUGAGCUGAGACCUUAGCCAUCUCAUCCUUGGAAUUUUUUUUUUUUAAUGCUUUACAGAGAAGCAUAUAUUUUUUAUUAACAGUGCAGCAAUAUCUAUAAUGACUGAGAGGAUCUGCCAAAAGAAUAAAACCUCCUAUCCCAACUUCCGGUUCCUUUUCCCUGCCAUCUCAGAGGAGCAGUGAAUCUUCCAGAGAAGAUUUUAUUUGUGGUUGAUUCUAUAAGUGAUCGAAUAAGAGACAAAGCAGCAGCUGAUCUUGUUGAGUGAGACAGUAUUAGCAGGAUUUGUAGCGGGUUUGUCUUCUCCUUUCCCUGUACUUUGUAAUGUCAGUCAGUGUUUAUAUGAAUAUGACUUUCAUUUGCUUUUCCAGAAUAAAGAAAUUAUUAGUCGAAAGACACA